AUGCAGUCGUUCAACACAUCACUCUCAACGCCCGACUUUUUCUUGGAAGGUUUCUCUGGAUUAGAAGUUUACUAUCACUGGCUUUCCCUUGCCUUCAUUAUUAUAUUUUCUUUCGCCAUUAUAGGAAAUAUUACAAUAAUAUGUGUCAUUAAGCUUGAGGAAAAUCUGCACACGCCGAUGUACAUUUUCCUUUGUGUUUUGGCUAUAAUUGACAUCGGUUUAUGUGUUUCCACAAUUCCUAAGAUUCUACAGAUAGUUUUAUUUAAUGUCCACACUAUCUCCUUUCAUGCAUGCUUUUUCCAAAUGUUCAUCGUUCUGUGUCUGAGUGCGAUGGAAUCCGGUGUACUGGCUGCGAUGGCUUAUGACCGUUAUGUUGCCAUCUGUAAUCCUUUACGUUACACCUCCAUCCUUACGCCGACCUCUAUUGCUAAAAUCCUACUUGCGGUUUUUCUUCGAUGCAUAAUUUUAACUGCAAUGUUCCCUGUGCUGACGUCACGGUUGCCUUACUGCUCGAAUGUUGUCCAUCAGUGCUACUGUGAUCACAUUCCUGUUGCGAAACUGUCCUGUGCGGAUAUCACACUAAAUAAUAUUUACGGGCUUUUCGUUGCCUUCAUGGUAGUUGGUAUGGACCUUCUGUAUAUUUCAUUUACUUAUUUUAUGAUUAUUAGAGCUGUAUUAAAUCUGGCAUCCAAAGCAGCGCGUGUCAAGGCUUUCAGUACUUGUGGCCCUCAUUUUAUUGUUAUUUUGUAUAUUUACAUAAGCUCUCUGUCCACAUAUUUAAUUAACAGGUUUGGACAAAAUCAGUCUCAGCAGGUAACUGUCAUAUCAACUAUUUUCUAUCUUAUUAUGCCGUCGGUAUUAAACCCAUUUGUUUAUGCGAUAAGAGCUAAGGAGAUCCGUGAAGGAUUCAUGAAACGUUUUCUUAGGAAAACGAUCUGUCGAAAAUAA